AUGGCGAGCGUGGCCGCCUCCCUGCAAAACAUCUUUGCGCCCGUGCUUGUCGGAACGUGGCUCUGCUUCAUGGCCUACACGCUCGAGUUGGUACUCGCGUUCCAGUACUUCUCGAAUAAACACCUUCGUUCUCCUGGAGCGAAUACGACAAUCGUUUGGUGGAUUGUUGUGUUCCAGCUGUUUGUCGACACUUUGGGGGCGAUGGGGGCUGCGGCAUAUGCCUAUCUCUUCCUCGUGUCUCACUGGGGUGACCUCGCGUUUAUGACCCAAACAACCAACCCAUGGCCUAGUGCAAUUUAUUGCUUCACCUCUGGCUUCAGCGGGCUGACCGUCCAGUUGUAUCUCAUCUGGCGCUAUAGCAUUUUGUCGAAAAAUUACGUCGUUUGUGGUAUCCUUGCGCUUGGGACAAUAGUUGCCUUUGGCGGCGCACUCGGGGCUGGAGUGACCGCGAUCACGCACACCCAUCCCACCGAGAGUCUGCAGAAACAUAUCAGGCCCAUCUCCAUGGUGUGGUUCAUUGGGUCUGCUGUGACCGACAUCGCUAUCGCCACGGCUCUCGUCUUCAAGCUGCAAACAUUCAAGAGCACCUUCAAGCGAACUCGUUCUGUCAUCCACCGACUGAUCGUUAUUGCGAUCCAGACCGGCAGCGCCACCUCCGUUGUCGCGUCGCUGGUGCUCAUCACCUUCCUCGUCUGGCCCAAUACCACCAUUCCCUUCGCCCCAGGGUUCGUCCUCGGGCGGUUAUACGGCUGCACGCUGUUGUUCAACCUCACCACGCGGCGGAUGGGUGAUAUCGGGAACUCGAGCGAGCGGUCUGACGACCAUCUGAGCUUCCCGGCGUCGCUGGUCGCCGGCACGGGCACCUCGGGCGCGCCAAGGGACCGCAGCGGCCGAGAGGGCGAUCGCCCGACAAGGCUGGACACGCUCGGCGGAAUCCACGUCCACCAGAUUGUCCAAGUUGACAAGGGCAGGCUCGACGCCCAGGACAUGGACGCGCGCGAUGACGUGAGCGUUGGCGACCGGAAGAAACGACCCGGAGUGAUAUAG